GUGUUUGUCCCUCUGAUGUACCAGGGGCACCUGAUCCCGGCGGUGGACACCGCGCUGCUGCUGGCCACCCACGGCGCCCUCGCCAGCGUCGUGGCAACGCCGUACAAUACGGCGCGCAUCUGCCCGACGAUCAACUUCGCCAGGCAGUCCGGCCUGCCGAUCCGGCUCGUGGAGCUCCCGCUCGACUGCGCUGCCGUGGGCCUGCCCGACGGAGCCGACGACGUCGACAAGAUACCGGCGGAACUCCACGCGAACUACUUCAGCGCGCUCGAGCUCCUCGCGGCGCCGCUCGAGCGCCACCUCCGCGCGCACCCGCCGUACCCGACGUGCAUCGUGUCCGACUUCUGCCACGCCUGGACCGUAGGUGUCGCCGCGAACCUCCAUGUCCCGCGGCUAAGCUUCUUCAGCAUGUGCGCGUUCUGCCUCCUGUGCCAGCACAACCUGGAGAGGUUCAACACGUACGACGGCGUGACCGACGACAACGAGCCGGUGGUCGUGCCGGGCGUGGAGAGGAGGAUCGAGGUGACGAGGGCCCAGGCCCCUGGGUUCUUCCGUUCUCCUGGAUUCGACCACCUAGCCGACGGCGUCGAGCGCGCGCUGGCCCAUGCAGACGGCGUCGUCAUGAACUCCUUCCUGGAGAUGGAGCCGGAGUACGUCGCCGGGUACGUGGCCGCCAGGAAGAUGAAGGUGUGGACCAUCGGCCCUGUCUCGCUGUACCACCGGCACGCCGCCACGCUGGCAGCGAGAGGGCACACCACCACCGCCGUUGCUUCCGACGAGUGCGUCCGGUGGCUGGACGGCAAGGAGGCCAGGUCCGUCGUGUACGUGAGCUUCGGGAGCAUCGUGCACGCGGACCCGAAGCAGUUGGUGGAGCUCGGGCUCGGGCUCGAGGCGUCGGGCCACCCGUUCGUCUGGGUCCUGAAGAACCCCGGAUACUACGGCGAUGAGGUGCGCGAGUUCCUCGGCGGCCUCGAGGAGCGCAUCGCCGGGCGCGGCAUGCUGAUCAGAGGGUGGGCGCCGCAGGUGCUGAUCCUGAACCACGCGGCGGUGGGCGGCUUCGUGACGCACUGCGGGUGGAACUCCACGCUGGAGGCGAUCGCGGCCGGGCUGCCGCUGGUGACGUGGCCUCACUUCUCUGACCAGUUCUGGAACGAGAAACUGGCCGUGGAGGUGCUCGGGAUCGGCGUCAGCAUCGGGGUCAAGGAGCCGGUGGUGUGGCAGUUGGUGGAGAAGGAGAUCGUGGUGGGGAGAGAGGUGGUGGAGGAGGCGGUGAGGAGCAUCAUGGAUGGAGGAGGUGAGGGGGAGGAGAGGAGGAGGAAGGCACUGGCGCUGUCGGAGAAGGCACGGGCGGCCGUGCAGGAGGGCGGAUCGUCGCUUGCUAACCUGCUUGAUUUGAUCAAGCGUUUCGAGGUGGACGCGGGAGUUUGUGUUGAACAAUAG